GAAGUUAGCCACAAACAAUUGUCAAAACAAGAAACUAACCUUAACGAAACGUUAUUUUACGCUAGCUUAUUGAUUUGUUACAAAAUCAACGUUUAAAAUGAUGAACCCACAAUCUACUUAUUCUAUUCAAAGUACUGCGGGUGCUGUACCAGUUAGAAAUGAAAAAGGUGAACUGUCUAUGCAAAAAGUAAAAGUGCACAGAUAUGUAUCGGGAAAACGUCCAGAUUAUGCACAAGAUGUUAGAUCGGAUAGUGAGAGUGAUGAUGAUGAUUUUUUGGAGAAGCGAAAUCAACCCCAACCACCAUCUCCAGAACCAGUUAAAAGUGAUGAUGAAAUUAAUGACCCCAGGUUGAGACGUUUAAAAAUUGCUGAAGUAAAUACUGAAGUAAGACCUGAAAGAAGAAGGCAUAUUUUAGAGCCAGAAGUACUAGAAUCAUCUGAGGAUGAACAAGACGAUGAGAAAGAAAUACACUUACAAGAGUUUAAACAUACUCUGGAAGCUGGUCCAGAUGAAGAUGAGUCUGAAGCGGAAUUGGAUGAUGAAGAAAUUGAGCAUAGAAGAGAAAUGCUAAGAAAAAAAAUGUUAAACAAACAAGAUGAUGAAUUUAUGGCUAAGGAAGAGGAGAAAUCUGAUUCGGACUCUGAAGAAUCAUCAGAAUAUGAAGAAUACACAGAUUCAGAGGAGGAAACAGGUCCCAGAUUGAAGCCAAUUUUUGUAAGAAAAAGAGAUAGAAUAACAAUAAUAGAAAAGGAAAAAGAAGCUCAAAAACAGAAACAACUUGAAAUUGAAACUCAAAGACAUGCAGAGGAAAGAAGAAGACAAACUUUAAGAUUAGUGGAAGAAACAAUUCGUAAGGAACAACAGGUUAAAAAUAAGGAAACAAAUGAACCACAUAUUAAUGAUGUUUGUACUGAUGAUGAAAAUGACGAGGUGGAAUAUGAAGCAUGGAAACUAAGAGAAUUAAAAAGAAUAAAGAGAGAUAGGGAGGAAAGGGAAGCAAUAGAGAAAGAGAAAUUGGAAAUAGACAGGUUAAGAAAUAUGACGGAAGAAGAGCGUAGAUUACAACUGCGUUUGAAUCCAAAACAACUGACAAAUAAAGCGGCUAAAGGCAAAUACAAGUUUCUCCAGAAGUACUAUCACAGAGGUGCCUUCUACUUGGACAAAGAAGACGAAGUUUACAAGAGGGAUUUUGCUCAAGCAACUCUGGAAGAUCACUUUGAUAAAACCAUUUUGCCUAAAGUUAUGCAGGUUAAAAACUUUGGAAGGUCUGGUCGCACAAAAUACACUCACUUGGUUGACCAGGAUACCACAAUUUUCGAUAGUCCGUGGACAAGUGAAUCUGCGCAGAACGUUAAGUUUUAUUCCAGUCAAGCAGGCGUCUUUGAUAAACCUUCAUUGAAGAAAAGAAAGCUCCAGCAAUAAUUGUGUUGAUUAAUCAUAAAGGUAAAAUUAAAAAUUACAUUUUUUAUGAAUGUAUUUAAAUAUAUUAUAUCAUACAAAUAAUUAUAACAAAAUAAAGUUAAUUUUUUUAUAAUAUAUAUGUAAAAGGU